AUGAAACACUCUGCAAUCGCAAUCUGGCUCGUAUCAUUGAGCACAGCCAUUGCAUCCAAUUCUUAUAUCGUAACGGAUACCAAUCAACUAUUGUGCUAUGAUAGCGACUCAACAACAAGUGGAACCGGUGGAACUGUUGCUGGUCAAGGAACAGGAGGAGGACAACGCGGCAAUGGUAGGCGACACCUCGACGAAAUCACAUGUGCUGGUACUGGCCAAGAUGCCGAGUACAUCACACUAUCGCAAAGCUUUCAACACAAUGGCGAUGGUACCAUUUCCGAUCUCAAUACCGGCCUCAUGUGGACCGAAGACGUCUAUGGAGAUGGCUUGACAUAUGAACAAGUCGAGAAUGAAGUCACCAGCUUUAGUUUGGGAGGACACUCGGAUUGGAGAAUUCCUACCAUCAAGGAACUCUAUACUCUCAGUGAGUUCAAUGGACAAACAGGAACUAGCCAAGACAACAACAUUCCGUACAUCGAUACCGCCUAUUUCAACGUCAAGUACGGAACUACAAGAUACAUUGAUGGACAGCUUUGGUCGUCCAAUCAAUACACAGGUGUCAUUUUUGACAAUCCCAACUCGGAGUGCAAUUUUGGCUUCAACUCGAUUGAUGGGCGCAUCAAGUGCUAUGGUCGGACUUCCACCAAAUUGUAUGCUCGAUACGUCUGGGGCAAUACUAAUGUUGGUACCAAUCUGUUUUCCGUGAGUGGAACAAACAAAGAUAUCAUUGUUGAUGCCGCUACUGGAUUGGAAUGGACUCGGGGAGACAGCGAUAUUGCACUCGACUGGGAAGAAGCAUUAAGCUACUGCAACGAUUUGGAGCUGAGCGGAUAUACCGACUGGAAGCUUCCCGAUGCCCAUCAAUUGCAAUCCAUUGUGGACUACAAUCGUAGUCCGGAUUCUACUGGGACACCAGCGAUUGAUCCGCUGUUUGAGUCGACUCAGAUCACCAAUGAGGCUGGAGCCGUGGAUUGGGGGUGGUACUGGACUAGUACGACACAUCUGGAUGGAAAGCCAUUGGGAUCCAAUGCAGUCUACAUUGCAUUUGGUAGAGCCAUGGGUUAUUUUGAAACACCGAAUGGUACAGUGAUUGGAUCAGUCGAUGUCCAUGGAGCUGGAGCACAGCGGUCGGAUCCAAAGGUAGGGCCCGUACCUGAUCCCAACUACUUUGGACCGCAAGGAGACUAUCGUCGUGUGUACAACUUUGCUCGAUGUGUACGCGAUUCGUCUUCAAGCCCAUCAAAAGAGGGCGCAGUGGACGUGGACGAAUCAAGUGCUAUGAUCGGACCUGCAGCCCAUCGUUUUUUCGCUCUGUACGGGGUAAUAUCGGUACUGGCCUUUAUAUAA